AUGGCCUGCCACGUGAAGGUGGUAGGACAGGUGGAGCGGGUGGACGGAGAGUCGCUAUCCUACGCGGAGUUCGUCCACCGCUUCAUGGCGCCCAACCGCCCCGUCGUUCUCACGGGGCUCACCUCGUCCUGGCGGGCCCGCAAGGACUGGACGCUCGCCGGGCCCGGCGACGACCGCCGCCGCCCUGAUCUCGGCUUCUUCGCCCAAAACUUCCCUUCCCCUCUCGUUCAGGUAUUCCCCCUCCUCAUCCGUGCUGAUGGCCCGUCGUACUUGGUACGCGAAUGGAGGACCCGCACAACAACGAUAUCAAUUGCGCAGGUUGCCGACUGCUCCUCGAGGGAUUUCACAGACCAGAAGCGGCUUGAGAUGUCCAUGCAGGAGUUCAUAGACCACUGGGUUGGUUCUGCUCACGGUGGCUCAAGAGAUGGGGAUCGGGAUGGUUCUCUGUUGUACCUGAAAGAUUGGCACUUCGUUAAGGAGUACCCUGAUUAUAUUGCAUAUAUCACACCAACCUUCUUUGUUGAUGAUUGGCUCAACGUGUAUCUUGACAGUCACCCUAUACAUAGAGAUUCUGACAUUGCCAAUCAUAAAAAUGAAAUAAACUGUUCUGAUUAUCGGUUUGUUUGCAUGGGGGCAAAAGGAACCUGGACUCCUCUGCAUGCUGAUGUUUUUAGGUCAUACAGCUGGUCAGCAAAUGUUUGUGGGAGAAAACAGUGGUUGUUUCUACCACCAUCACAAAGUCACUGUAUAUUUGAUAGGAACAUGAGAUCCUCGGUCUAUGACUUACAUGAUGAUGUUUCUGAAAAGCAGUUUCCUGAAUUUAGUAAGACUGAAUGGCUAGAAUGCAUUCAAGAGCAGGAUGAAAUCAUAUUUGUUCCCAGUGGAUGGUAUCACCAAGUCCAUAACCUGGAGGAUACUAUAUCUAUAAAUCAUAAUUGGUUUAAUGCCUACAACCUACAUUGGGUGUGGAACUUGCUUUAUGAAGACUACAAAAUUGCAAAAGAAUAUAUUGAAGACAUUCGAGAUAUAUGUGAUGAUUUCGAAGGAAUUUGUCAACGGAACUUGGCAGCUAAUACAGGCAUGAACUUCUGUGAUUUCUUUGUUUUCAUAGUGCGGUUUGCCUUAGCCAAUGUAAUUGAACUUUACCAUCUUCAGCAGCCAGAGGUUGCAACCUUGUCAACAGAAGCUGCACACCAUUUGGUCUAUAAUCUGACUUCAAUUCGUAAUGUUGCAUAA